AUGUCUGCCUUAAAGAAACGCCUCAGUAAAUUGAUACCAGAUCGCAUUGGCAAACCCAACAGCAACAAUUCGAGCAGUGAAAACGUGCCAUCCGUACCAAGCAAAGAAGAAGGGAUUGAUGGCUCUUCUGCAUCCAAUGGAGCUACACCAUCUUCUCCUCGAAAUCAUGGAGCUCAAACUCCCGAGCGAUCAAAUUCCCGACGAGUUAGUCGAGAGAUAAUUGAACAAAACAGGGCUAGAAAAAGUAUGGAUAAGGAGCGCUCAAAGGCGGAGAACAAGAAGAGGCAAUCUUUGGCAAGAAUAGAGGAUGAAAAGUUCUUGAAAGAAGGGCCCGAGGCUCUCACACAGCUCUAUCGGCCAUACAGUAUGAUACAAAGUAAACAUUGGAGGCAUGAGGAGAGAGCUUUGUUCAAGGAUAUCAAUUGGGCUGAAAUGGAUGGUCAAAUCAUUAACUUCAGAGCUCGAAUGCAUACCCUCCGUAGAAUGUCUGCCAAAUUGGUAUUCAUCGUUUUCCGUCAACAAACUGUCACAAUUCAAGGAGUUUUACAGAGCUUCAAACCGGGGGAAGAACAUGGUGGUGAACAUGGUACAAUUUCCGAACAGAUGGUCCGAACAGUUGAACAUUACCCCGCCGAAACAAUUGUCGUUGCCCAUGCCAAAAUUCGAAAAUCCCUUCAAACUGUUAAGAAUGCCACAGUUCAUGAUUAUGAAUUACAGGUUUACGAAAUCCAUAGAGUGGUUCCAUUGACCGAAAAUGUACCAUUCACAGUAUACGAUGCGGAAAAUAUCAACAGAGAAAAGGAAAUUGACAUGGACGAUGAUUCUGGAGAUGAUUCAAUUCCUGCAAGUCAGCCAAUGUCACCAACUUCAACAGAUACGCCUAGGGGUCCUCCUUCUCGUGCGUCUACUGAUCUUGCACGUCAUGCUUUUGCAAAAUUGGAUGACAAGAAUCUUGAGAGCAGAACUUCCAUGGAUACCGCUCAUCACCAAAAACGAUCCUUACCACAAAGAGUGAGGUUGAACAACAGAAUUAUCGAUUUACGAACAACUCCAGCACAAGCAAUUUUCCGUAUCCAAUCCGGAAUUUGCAACCUUUUCCGAUCAUAUCUUGAUACACAAGGCUUCAUAGAAAUUCAUACACCAAAAUUACAAGGAGGUGCUACUGAAUCUGGUGCAACAGUUUUUGAGCUCAAUUAUUUUGGAAGAUCCGCUUUCUUGGCCCAAUCACCGCAGUUGGCUAAACAAAUGUGUAUAGCAGCUGAUUUCGAAAGAGUUUACGAAAUUGGUGCAGUUUUCCGUGCAGAAGAUAGUAACACACCUCGUCAUUUGACUGAAUAUACUGGAUUGGAUCUUGAGAUGGCUUUGGAAGAGCAUUAUCAUGAAGCUUUGACUCUCAUUGAUGAAGAAGAUGGAAGUGUGCCAUCUGAGACCGAGGAUCUUUCCACUAGAGCUGAAAUUCGCUUGGGUGCGUUGGUUAAGGAAAAGUAUCACACUGAUUAUUAUAUCCUCGACAAAUUCCCUGCUUCUGUUCGACCAUUCUACACCAUGCCCGAUCCAGAUGAUGAUCGAUUCACAAAUUCCUUCGAUAUCUUUAUGCGUGGUCAAGAAAUCUUGACUGGUGGUCAACGUAUUCAUGAUGCUGAAUUUUUGGAAAAGCGCAUGAAACAAAAGGGUGUCAAACCAGAAAGUAUGCCCGAAUAUCUUGAAGGUUUCAGAUGGGGAGCACCACCUCAUGCAGGGUGUGGUAUUGGUCUUGAACGUCUCACAUACCUUUUCCUCAGUCUCGGCAAUAUUCGUCUUGCAUCUCUAUUUCCAAGAGAUCCUAAGUCUCUUCCAGCCAUACCUCCUACUCUCGCUCUUCGUCAUGAAGAUGCGUCAACGCUCAAUCCAGUUUGGGAGAAGGAUGGAGUGGAAUUCAGUCCUGAAUUACUACCACCUUUGGAGAAAUUGAUUGCCAAUUAUGGUGAUGCAGCCAAUACCUCUUGGUUAGACAAACGUUAUCACGUAUGGAGACACACAACUACUGGUGCAGCUCAAGGUUAUGUUAUUCAUAACUCAUAUGCCAUUAUUGUUGGAGAGCCUCUUUGUGACAAAUCUCAAACACCGUCUAUUGUCUCGGCCUUCCUCAACUACUUGAAUACUGAACACAAGAAUCUCAAGCCAAUUUGGAUGAUUGUCGGUCCUCGUACCGAAGAAUAUCUUGGUGAAAAAUUUGGAUGGCGUACUUUAUCUCCUACAGCCGAAGAACGUGCUGAUCCUAGAAAUAAUCCUGCAGCUAGGGAUAAUGAUCUGGCACGUAAAGUUCGACAUGCUGAAAAGGAGGGUAUAAAACUUCAAACCCUUCCAUUCAAUGAACCAGUUCCAGAUGAUUUCAAAGAAAAGGUCAACGCACGAGUUGCAGAUUGGCAAAAGAAUCGAAAGGGUACUCAAGUUCAUCUUACAGAAAUUAGACCUUGGGUUGAUGAAGCUCAUCGUAAAUACUUUUACGCUCAAGGUCCAGAUGGAACAAUUCAUGCCAUUAAUGUUCUUCAUCAACUCAGUCCUGAAAAUGGAUACCAAGUAAAAUUCUCGCUCGAGUUUCCAAACGCUCCAUCCGGUACAGUGGAAUCUCUUCUACUUUAUUCGAUGAAACAAUUGAGUGCAGCAGAGCCAGAUGUUAAACGUAUCACUUUUGGUACGGGUGCUCAACCACACAUUGAAGGUGGAAGAAACUUGGGUAAACAUAGGAUUAAGGCGUUGAAGAAGGCCUAUGAAACGAUUGUUAAACAAGCAAGAUUAUUGGGGAAGAGUGAGUUUAGAGAAAAGAUGGGAGCAUGGAAUGAUGCAGUUUAUGUAGCAUAUCCUAAGGGUGGUUUGGGUGCUGGUGGUAUUAGAGCUUUGAUGGGUUUCCUUGAGGAAGAUGGUUAG